AUGCCUGCGGGCGACCCCGAAGAAAAGAGUCGCAAUGCACCCGGACUCAACGGCAUGUGGCAAGACUUUGUCGACAAGUACUGCGCCAUCUCUCGACCAUCUGAUGUCUGCAUAGCCAGCACCACGCUGUUAGACGGUUGUGCUACUUGCUCUCGAGUCGGAGAACAACUUCGAAAAGAACAUGAGCGAACCCAGAGUUUCGACUGA